GAUUCAAAGUUCCCAUUCAUCGAGCAGCUCACAUUCAUCAUUCAUUAUAAAUGUUCUCGUGCAUUUAAUAAGUAGUCGAGUAGGUACCUAGCUGACGUUCAUUUUUAACAACGUUUUCGUACCUUGAAUUCAAUAUGAAAAGUGUUUUGUGGAUUGUAUUGUUUUUGAAAGUUUUAAUUAGUUUAUCUCAAUCGCAGAAUAUUCCAGAUACGGAUCAAAAGACGGUUCAAAAUGGGCUGCUGAGUUUCGGAAUUAAACUGAAUUCCAUUCUGUUGGAAAAUAAUCCUGAAAACAAAAAUAUUUUGUUUUCUCCGUACAACCUUUACACAGCACUAGCUCUAGUUCAUCUCGGUAGCAAUGGAACUACACGUGAUACAAUUUCCAAUGUUUUGAACAUCCCCAUCACUUUUUCGCCAGAAAGUUUACAAGAAGUAUUGCAAAACUUCUCAACAGUGUUGCAAAUGGAUACGAGUUUUACUUAUAUGGAAACAUCAACUGUAAAACUAUCUGAUUUGAAACUGGCCAAUGGAAUUUUCGUUCAAAAUGAAUACAUGCUGAAGAAAAAAUACGUUGAAGAUGUCCAGUUAUAUCACAAGAGUGAUAUUUUCAAUGUUGAUUUCGCCAGCAAGGGAGAAGAAACGAAAAAUACGAUUAAUAAGUACAUCAGUAAUAAGACUGAAAACAGGAUACCUCGAUUACUCGAACAACCUCUACCAAAAGACAGCUUAGUGGUCUUGACUACCUGCUUGUAUUUUAAAUCAGUCUGGCAAAAGAAAUUCAUUCGUCGACUAACUAAAGCGGAAACGUUCCGAACAGAAAAAGGCAAUAUUACAGUACAAAUGAUGCACAGUUUAUUUAGCACAGGAUACGCCGAAGUACCAUCACUAGGCGUACAAGUUGUCAAUUUGGGAUUUAUCGAUGCCGCAUUUUCCAUGUUUGUUGGGCUGCCUGAUGAAAAUCAAUCGCUAAAAAAUAUUUUACGUAAUUUGACCUCCGAUCACAUCCGCACAAUAAUUGAUGAAGCCGCCCGACACAUUGAUUAUUACGAGAUAGAUUUAAAAUUGCCAAAAACGGCUUUCAAAUGGUUUCAAUCUGUUAAAAACGAGCUUAUCAAACUCGGACUCAAAAAAGAUAUUUGGGAGUCGCCUGAUUUGAGUAAUAUGAUCGACCAGAGUAAUAUAAAAAUUAGUGACAUAGGUCACGGCACUGAUAUUACAAUUAACGAAAAUGGCACCGAAGUUAGUGCCGUUUCGAUCUAUGUACCCGUAUUCUUAAUGAGUAAGACCGUAAAGACAUUCCAUGCGAAUAGGCCUUUCUUCUUUUUCAUUUAUAAUCAUAAUAUUCACACGAUCAUGUUCUUUGGUACAGUGUUUGAUCCGAAUAGUACUAAAUAGCACUUCUUUGAAGAGGGCAUGUAGGUUCCUAAUAAUUUUUUUUUGUUGAAAUAUUUUAUUGUACCUACCUAGUUAUUGGUGGAUUAUUAAUUAUUUUUAAAAAUACCUAAUAAUUAUGUAACUAGGUUAACCAUCGUUUUAAUAAAGAGAAUAUAAUAUUA